AUGCAAUUUUUUUCUCUUCCUUAGAGAAAGUCUAAGAUUACAGCAUCCCGGCGAAUAUUCUUAAAGACCAAAGUACUAAAGAAGGCUAGCACACUGCUGGCUGAAGAAAAAGAACAGAAAAAGAUUGAGAGAGAGCGAGUACUGAGCGAGAGACUUCCCCCUCUUAAACUGACUGGACUUUCUGUACAAGAUUUACAGAAUCUUUGCAAAGAACUACAUCAAAAAGUCGAUGUUGUGGAUGAAGAACGAUAUGACUUUGACUACAAAGUAAACAAAAAUGAUAAAGAGAUUGCAGAAUUAAACCACAAGAUCUUUGAGAUAAAGGGUAAAAUGAAGAGACCAGCGCUGAAAAGGGUCAGAGUAUCUGCUGAUGCCAUGCUGGGAGCUCUGCUGGGAGCCAGACAUAAGGAAUCCAUUGAUUUUAAGGCAAACCUCAAGACAGUCAAGAAGGAAGAGGAAAAGAAAGAGGAAGUCACCGACUGGCGUAAAAAUGUGGAUGCCAUGUCAGGCAUGGAGGGCAGGAAGAAGUUGUUUGCUGGACCAACUUCUUAAUGAGACAUCUAAUAAAAAUCCAAUUUGCUUGAAGGCUAUUUAUAUUUACAAAGACUACUACAUUAUAUUAUAUAGUACUGUAUUACUAUAUAAUUUGUCUUUGAAAGAGCUUGAUAAUUGAGGAUAAAAAUGUAUUAGCAAAAAGAAAAAAAAUAACGCACAAAGCUGCAUUACUGUUGUACAUGUAUUAUUUAAAAUAUUUAAACAUGUGCUUACACAUAUAAACCAACUGUUUGUAAUAAUAUAUGAUUAUUCUAUAAUUGCAUUUUGUUUUUAUAUAAUAAUGUUUAUAUUAUAAUGAUAUUUAUAUGUGAUCAAUUGUGUGUAUAAAAAUAAAGGCAAUAAAAGUCC